AUGAUCGGUGCAUCCAAAUCGUCCGCCAUCCGCAGGUUCAAGUGGCUGGAACAAAAAUUGGCUAAAGACGAUAACAUUAGGACGCAGUACCACGAUUUUCUGCGAGAAUACGUGGCGCUUGAUCACAUGGCUCCUGUGCAGGAUGAUGGGGAAAACAUUUCAAAGGUGUGUUAUCUACCACACCAUCCUAUCGUGAAGGAAUCGAGCUCGACCACGGAGGUGCGUAUCCGGUUCCGUAAGUUUCCGAUAGCACAAGUGGCUGAUAUCGAGAAGAUGUAUCGCCAAAUCUCGAUGAAUCCGGCAGAUCGUUCGUUGCAGAGGAUUUUAUGGCGUUUCGACGCUUCUGAGCCCAUUCAAGCGUAUGAAUUGGGCACCGUCACAUAUGGCCUCGCUCCAUCCUCGUUCCUCGCCACCCGAACACUGUUACAGCUCGUCGAAGAUGAGGGAAUCCCGUUCCCGAACGCAAGCACGGCCAUUAAGAAGAACGUUUACGUGGACGAUCUUAUCGCAGGCGCCAACAGCAUCGAAGCAGCCAUUCAGCUACGAGGUGAACUUUCCAAUCUUCUACAAAAGGGUGGAUUCCGCUUCCGAAAAUGGUGCUCCAACGCACUUCCCGUUUUGGCUGAUUUACCGCCCGAAUUACUCGGGACCCAACAUUCGAUGAAAUUCGACCCCGAAGAAAGCAUCAAAACUCUCGGCAUACGCUGGGAACCCGAAGCAGACGUGUUCCGAUUUGACGUAGCCGUUACAGUGCAGAAUCAGCGACCUACUAAGCGAACAAUCCUCUCCGCUAUUGCACAGCUCUACGACCCACUCGGUAUCAUCUCUCCCGUCGUCGUUUCUGCGAAAAUAUUAAUGCAGAACCUCUGGCUCUUGGCUUUAGGCUGGGACGAUGAAGUUUCGCCGGAUCUCGGGCGCAAGUGGACUCAAUUUUGCGAGCAGCUGCCCGCCCUUUCCAGUUUUCGCAUCGAAAGAUGUGCAUUCGCUCCCGAUUUUCUCUCUGCAGAGUUGCACUGCUUUGCGGACGCAUCCGAACUCGCUUAUGGUGCGUGCAUUUACGCUCUCUCCGAAACUGUUGAUAAACGCGUACACGUGUGUCUACUAGCUUCGAAAUCUAGAGUGGCCCCGCUCAAGCCACUUACCAUCCCCCGGCUAGAGCUUUGUGCCGCUCUGCUCGCUUCUCGACUGUACGAAAAAAUCAUCCGUUCCCUAGAAAUGGAAAUAGAAGGAUGUUUCUUCUGGUCUGACUCCACGAUUGUACUUCAGUGGAUGAAGGCUCCGCCGCGAACAAGGAAAACGUUCGUAGCUAACCGGAUUGUCGAAAUUCAAGCCACAACUGUUGGUUCCCAUUGGCAGCACGUUUCCGGCAGGGAAAAUCCUGCGGACAUGAUAUCCCGAGGAGUUUUCGCAGAGGAGUUGAUCAACAGCGAACUGUGGAAGCGUGGUCCUAAGUGGCUACGCGAAGAUAAAUCAACGUGGCAAGUUCAAAUACUUCCAGAAACCAAAUUUACUGUGGAGGAAUGA